UCAUUCCUUCGUUCUUUUAUAACUCUUCCUCUCUAAACCUUUCUUCUUCCCCCUCACACACUCAUAUUCCCAUUUCUCUCUUUUCUCUCUUCUUUCCUUCCUUUUCCUUCAUACUAACUCACUUACUCUUAACCAUGCCUCUUCCAUGGAAGAAGACCAAACCCAAUCGAAUUUCUCGAAUUGUCGCUGAUCUUCAACCCCCAUCACGCGCUGCCUCUCUCGUCGUCGAAACUGGCUUCCCCACCUCCGUCGUUGAUCUUUUCGUCAAGAAUCGUGACCGGAUCAAGAGACACUCUCUCAGGAAACCUAAGAAUAAACAACAAUCCACCCAUGUCUCUGAAUCCAUUGCCCCUCCUCCUACUCCUUCUCUCAGCCCUGAUAAUUCUCCUCGCCUUCCUGAACACGAGGAUGUCGUUCUUACCGCUACUUGCUCCACCGCUGGACGCAAAGUUGAUGGUCUACAACACCAACCCUUUCCGGCUGAUGUUCAAUCCAAUGUCGUCUCUGCCCGACCCAAUGUUUAUAGUAAUGCAAAUGCGGAUGCGGAUGCGGAUGCGGAUGGUGUUUAUUUGAAUUCUGUGUCUAUGGUGUUUGUUGUGGUGAUGAAGAUGUUUCUUGUGGUGAUUCCGGUUUUGAGUACCCAAAAACUUGUUCUUGGAAUUACUAUCUCUGCUUUUCUUUUGUUUCUUUUCGAGAUUUUUGGGAAAUUCGCUGUUUGUAAUUUAUUGAAUCGCUCUUUGAUCCGGAAUCGGUUCGUCCCGACAACUGCAAAAAGUAGCGGAGUGGGGUUGAAUUAUCGUGGUGGGGGAGGAGGAGAAGAGGACGCGGUGGCGACUAACUCUGGUAUGAAUAACGCAAUCCAUUCCGAGGAUGAUGAAGGAAUGUGUUUGGAACGUGAAGCAGUAGGAAAUGGAGAAAAGGGAUUUGUGGGUUGUGGUGAUUUGGAAGUGGGGAAGGAGGAACAGGAGAAUUUACAGGUGGGGAAGAAUGAGAUAAGUAGAAGAGCGAAAUUGAGAGCGAAAAUCAUAAAGAAAUUAAUACCGAAGAAACUACGAGGUGGGAAGAGAGUGAAAAAGAGCAAGAAGGAGAAGCAGAUAAUGAAACAAGAAAUGGGAAUCACGAUCAACGAAAACGAACAAGAAACAGAAUCGAGUUGCGGGGAAGAAGAUGAAGAAGUAUGGGAAGAAGAAGAAGAGGAAGAAGAAGAAGAAGACGUAGGAGCAUCAAUGACAAGGAAAGGGAAAAAUAAAGAAGAUGAAGAAGAAGAAGAAGGGAAGAAGAGUUUUGAGUGUAAAAUUGUGAUCAUAACAAUUCUUUUGGGGCUGUGUGGGGGAAGAUUUCUGGCAUUUGUUCUUACAGUAUCAGGGUGUUUCAUGUUCAAAUUCAUCAAAAAUCUGACUCACAAAUGGAGAUUUGGGUAAAGUGUAGUCCAGUAAGUUAGAAUCAUUAAUUUCCCUUUUCCCCUUCCAAAAUUUGAUGAUAUGGUGAUGAUAGUGAUGAAGGUGUAUAUUGAUUUACUAAUUACUGAAUUUUUGAGACAUAAAUUAUAUUCAAUAAUACAAAAACUUGGGUUGUUUGUGUUUUCA